AAAAAAAGGUGCAGAACUACGGAUAAGUCAUUUCCUCAGCAGGCGUUUGGCUCGGGGUGAGAAAUGGUUUGUGUCUUUCAGAGGGUGGAGUUUGAUCCCCGACUACCGGACACUCUCCGCCUCGACAAUCGCGCUUCCGUUACCGGAUUCCAGACGCGGUCUCCUGGGCCGGUGAUCAACUUUGUGUCGGAGGGUGAAGACAGUCAAACGGUACAUCUUGGUGGACACAUUUUUUCCUGAAAGUUUGGAUUUAUACCUUCGGGGAAACGUUUUUUGGCGGCUUUCAGUUGUUUUUGUCCUUUUUUUUUUUUUUUCUUUAAAGCUGUGCGUAAAAUCCACAGAGCUCCAAAAAAAAAAAAAGAAAAAAAAAAGAGAAAAAGUGACUCGUCAGCACAGUAGCUGCUCUGAGUCACAAAGUUUGGAGACAUUUUAAAGAGGAUUAAUAACUUCUUGCUGUCUGUCUGUUCCGCUUUGACUCGCCUCGUGGCUCACACUCAUCCAGAGAUCGUGGCUGGGCGAGUCGGGGAGACCGGGGUCGCUUUAAUUUGGCCCCGAGAGAUUGAUAUUCAGAACUUGGACUGUUUUCCAUUGUGGGAUCUGAUGUCACUGAUUUUAUUUUUGUUGAAAGUGGCUCAUUGUUCAGAAGGAGGUAACAGAAUGUGACUACCGGUCCCGGUCUCCCCUAUAGCCUCUGCAGGUGAGUUGGUCCAUGCAGUACCUGCGUCUGUGUCUGUGUCUUUUUCUCUUCAGGGAAUGUGAGCGCAGCGCCGAGCCUGAUCCUGUUUUGAGGAAAGGGUUCCUGGCCUCAGACGACGCUUUGUGCACACAGAGGAUCUGUUUUCCGCCGCUUGGGUCACGCGGAUCGCUGCGGUGUUUAUGGACAGUAAUGACAGUCUGCGCAUUUUCUACUUCUGACCCUUUGGACCGGCGACUGGAAACUGGCACAGCCUCGGUGACGUGUUUUGAGUGUUUGCUGGGCUCAUGGCGCUGUCUCAGAUCCAGUGUCUGGACGAUCACCACGUCAACUGGCGCGUGAGUGAGAGCAAACCGGAGUUCUUCUACAGCGAGCACCAGCGGCUCGCGCUCGAGACGCUCAUCGCCGACGGCCGCGAUGCGUUCACGGACUACCUCCGCAAGCACGGCGUCCGGCCCUUCCUCUCGGAACCGGAGCUGGAGCGGCUGGAGCGCACGGCGGAGGCUUACCGUCCCGGGCACGAGCACCACCAGAAGCCAGAGACGCCAGGGCCCGGGAACGUGACUCCGGGGUCCUGGGAGGACGUGGGGGACGCGGUCUCGCUGGAGUACUGGCCGGACCGGUCUGAGGAAUCGGUGCCGGAGCUUGACCUGGGCUGGCCCGAGGCCAUCUCUUACCGAGGGGUCACGCGUGUGACCGUGUACACGCAGCCUCCGGCCCCCGGGCACACGCACAUCAAGGAGGUGGUGCGAAAGAGCAUCGUGUCUGCACAGAAGGUGAUCGCCGUGGUGAUGGAUUCAUUUACCGACGUGGAUAUCUUUCGGGACCUGCUAGACGCCAGCUACAAACGCAGAAUCCCUGUAUAUAUAAUCAUCGACUACGCUGCGGUGCCCUGCUUCCUGUCCAUGUGUGGUAGAGCCGACAUGCACCGCGGACACCUAAAGAAUCUGCGCGUGCGCUGCUGCGGUGGCGUGGAGUUCUUCACACGCUCGGCUCAGAAAGUACGCGGUUCUCUGAGCCAGAAGUUCCUUCUGGUGGAUGGAGAUAGAGCCAUCGCUGGUUCCUACAGCUUCACUUGGUCAUCUUUUCGUUUGGACCGGAACCUCAUCACCGUGAUAACAGGACAGGCGGUGGAGACCUUAGACCUUCAGUUUCGGGAGCUUUACCUGUUGUCCAGAAGUGUGUCCCUCAGCAAAGUGCCCAUGGAAGAUGAACCCGUCCCUGAUCCGCUUCCCCAGGUGGCUCCUGCUCCGGUGUCAGCUGCCAUUGCUAGGAAGCUUAUUAAUCCAAAAUAUGCACUUGUUGCCAUGGGAACUCAUGCAAGUCUCACUUCUUCUGAGCAGAACUCUAGUAACAAGAAUUCCCAGAAUCCUUCAGGGCCAAAGCUUUUGAAAAAUCGUGUUAAGGAUGCGAUGGAGGAUUCACACAUACAUCCUGGAUUACUUAAUCUGGAGAAAGCCUACUUGAUUGCGUACCUGCCCACCUGGCCGGAGCCAGACCCUCCCAGCGACGUCAUUGGCUUCAUCAACAUCAUGGACGAAAAGCGAGCCCAUAAGGUUCACCUACAGAGGUCGGAGCGGUUUGAGGUGAGCCAGGCUAUACACUUUAAAUCACCGCUGAUGCUUCCAUCUCAAAACGAGGACCUUUUUGUGAGACACGGCGGGAAAGCUGCAGGUACAGCUGAACCGCUGUCUGUGAACACGAGCGCGGAGGCGCCAGUGCCCGUGAGUGCACCUGACAUGCAGGUCAGUGACCACACAAGCACGGCUCCAAAAACGGACAACGAUGUAACAGAUUCCAGAGGGCUUCCGCAGCAGCCCGACACGCACGCACAAAAACCCAACGAGCACAACGCUGUUAGCGCAGAGCUACAGCUCACAGACCAAACCACUCCAAAGAAAACUACAGCCCCGCCCAUUCCUAAACGCCGCACUCUACAGCUGGUCAUUGACUCCACCCCCUCAACGGAGGCAGUCCAACCGCAGGUCACUCUGGUGAAAAUGGACCAGUUUGAGAUUCUAGACGAGGACAUUUCCAUCAGUGAAAGACCUGUUGUCGUUAUGAGUCCAGGCCGUGGCCGCCUACAGUCCAAGGAUGCGGCCCAGGACUCUGGUAGCAACGGCGAUGGUAGCCAAGACAGUACCAAGGUCAUUUGUGACAAAAUGGCCAAUGACAACCCCUCCAGUGUUUCCACCGCAUCCGAAGAAGAGUUCUACGAUUGUUCCAAUCCGGAGCCCAACGCCCCACUGGCCAACGGAAUCAAUUCAGGAUCAGGCCGCGGGCAUCACCAAGGAGACGGCCUCAACAUGAUGGCUCGCAUAUCUCAGAGCAUGCUGGACCUACGGGAGCCGUCGCAGCCGGAGGAUAGCGCGGCACUCAUCCGCCAGUCGCAGCAGCUCCGCAGACAAGGGCAACCGCCGCCGCACAGACACAUCGGACAGCUGUUCCAGACCUCUCGUUCUCCAGCUCGUGAAGCCCGACAGAAAGGACCACCAAAAUUAAUCCUUUCCAAACCGGGAAGUUUUCGCCGGCUCGGCCAAACUGCUGUUCCUGUGAUUGGUGGACGCAGUUACUGGCAGAGCCAAGCGCUGCAGCUGGACUCACGCCAGCCGGACUCAAGCCAGCAGCACAUGGAGAAUCGCUCUGGGCGGUCACCACGGCGCCACAGUCCAGGUUAUAGGAAGACCGAUCGAAGUGCCCCACAGACACCAACCAGUCCAUCAGGGUUACUAGGAGUACCGUUCUCAAAACUGAGCAAUUUUCGACACUUGCGUUCUCGAGGAGGGGGCUCGCAGAAGAAGGCGCAGCAAACUAACAAGGAUGCGAGGUAGAACUGAGGACCAGAAUGUUGGUGCUGUUGGUGUAACGUUUCUGAUAAGAUGUUAGUGAAUCUUCCCUGGGGAAUCCUCUCUGGCCCAGUUUCAUAAAGCAGUCUAAUCCUUUA